CAACUUCCACUACAAACUUCUUGGUACGUGAACAAUUUACCCCUCCACCUCCACCUCCACCAUCACCACCAUCACCACGCAUCAGUAUCAUAACACGAUGAUGCAUUGCUUUGCCUCUCAAUUUCUCUUCUUUCCUCUCCACCAGCAAAGCAGAUUGUCAUGUCAUAUCAUAUCUGCAUUCGAUCCAACAUAAAUGAGAAGACGAUACGACGACACGUCAAUCGAUACGGGUGAUGGAUUGGUUGGCAUUGAUUGGCAUGGAUGACACGGGCAUGGCAUGGCAUUGGUGUUGCUAUAGAGGGGAACAGACGAGACACACAGACAGACAGACUGGAGGGAGAACUCUUUCGGGGAUUGAGCUCUGUAAUUCAGAGCUCUACCCUUCUGUCUCUCGUCUCUCUGCCUCUCUCUAGCCUCAUCUGCUUGGCCUGCCCCUCCUUUGCGCCGACGUUCCAAUUCCAAUUCCAGUCCACCCCCAUCUCUAGUCUACUUGCUCUUUCCCUCCAUGUGCUGUGGCAACCUUCCUCAGCAAAAAAAGCUUCCCGUUCCACUCAACCUCUCGUCGUCAUACAGUUAUAAAUUACCCCACCCCCUCUCUCUCACCUCAACCUCAACCUCAUCCUUCUCUUCAGCUCUUCUCUCCUCUCCAUCUCACUUCAUCUAUCUUCGUCCUAAGGAUAUCUCAUCUGACUCUCUUGCCUUGAACAGAAACUACCAUUUCUUCUACAAUAAUCAAAAUGGCUCCCAUCAAGGUCGGCAUCAACGGUUUCGGUCGUAUCGGCCGUAUCGUCUUCCGCAACGCCGUCGAGCACCCCGACAUCGAGGUUGUUGCUGUCAACGAUCCUUUCAUUGAGCCUCACUACGCCGUCUACAUGCUCAAGUACGACUCUUCCCACGGUAUCUUCAAGGGUGAGGUCGGUAACGAUGGCAACGACCUUGUCGUCAACGGCAAGACUGUCAAGUUCUACUCUGAGCGCGACCCCGCCAACAUCAAGUGGUCCGAGACCGGCGCCGACUACGUCGUCGAGUCUACUGGUGUCUUCACCACCAUUGACAAGGCCAAGGCUCAUCUUACUGGUGGUGCCAAGAAGGUCAUCAUCUCUGCGCCCUCUGCCGACGCUCCCAUGUACGUCGUCGGUGUCAACGAGAACAAGUACGACGGCUCUGCCGACAUCAUCUCCAACGCCUCUUGCACCACCAACUGCCUGGCUCCCCUCGCCAAGGUCAUCAACGAUAAGUUUGGUAUCGUUGAGGGUCUCAUGACCACCGUCCACUCCUACACUGCUACCCAGAAGACCGUCGAUGGUCCCUCCGCCAAGGACUGGCGAGGUGGCCGUGGCGCUGCCCAGAACAUCAUCCCCUCCAGCACUGGUGCCGCCAAGGCUGUCGGCAAGGUCAUUCCUGAGCUCAACGGCAAGCUCACUGGCAUGUCCAUGCGUGUCCCUACCGCCAACGUUUCCGUUGUCGAUCUUACUGUCCGCCUCGAGAAGGGUGCUUCUUACGACCAGAUCAAGAAGGUCAUCAAGGAGGCCUCUGAGGGUGACCUCAAGGGCGUUCUGGCCUACACUGAGGACGAUGUUGUCUCUUCCGAUCUCAACGGCAACACCAACUCCUCCAUCUUCGAUGCCAAGGCGGGUAUCUCUCUCAACGACAACUUCGUCAAGCUGGUCUCCUGGUACGACAACGAGUGGGGUUACUCCCGCCGUGUCCUCGACCUCCUGGCCCACGUUGCCAAGGUUGAUGCCUCCAAGUAAGCGUAGAGCGCUCAUGAGGCUGGAAGCAAAACCAAACCUAAUCAGACGCGACAUGAUGACGAUGCCAAUCUGCCGCGUGUUUUAAUGAAGCAAGGAAAUGAAAGGAAGUAAAAAUACCAAAAUUAGAGGAGAUUGUCGGAGGGGAUGACAACGACUUUGUUCUCAUCGGCUCCAGUUCCCUACUAGACAAUUGAUCUUAGUAUAGCCGUGGACAGAAAAAAUAAAUAAAUAGAUCCAUCCCUCUUGAAAACCGUUCAUCUCCAUCUGUGAUUAAUUUUGCCCAUGGCCAGCUUGCAAAACCAAGCUAUUUAGGUCUCUUGGCGAUUCUCGGGGAACCAGAAGACAUCAGACCUUGAUAUAGGUCGUUGAAAUAAACUUAGCAAACGGUAUCCUAAGGUAUCCUCAGUUUGUGCCGAGUUACCUAAAUCUUAGGUUAUCUAGGAUCGGGUCCUGAGUUUUCUUUCUUCUUAGAUUGCUAAUUCAUCAACGCUGUCAGCUGAGCUAGAAUUUCCUGUAACUACAGUAUGAUGAAACCCAUCCGCGGCAUGCAACUCGUAUGGCAAAAUCUGAAUAUUUCAUAACAUUGGCUUAUGUGGUUCUUUCUGGCUUCGAUCUCGAUAGUAUCAGGGCUAUGCGUCAAGCCAUUGAGUUCAAGUCCUUUAUUUUCGUUCCAUGCUGGUGCAUGCACGCAUUUAUGUAUGAAUGUAUGUGUAUGCACACCCGACGAAAUGGUAUUUCCCUGUAAACACACCCUUUGCUGUUCCCUUUUUCUUUUUCGCCAGAUGCUCCUUUGACUCCCUCAUAUCAUUAUCCGUUGUCUUUCUCGGAAAACAACCCCCAUUCCAGCCGUAGAGUACAAUAAAUAGAAAGAAAAGUGAGAAAAGUCAUGUCAUGACCUCACUCGCGACGUCCGAGGCGUAAGAGAUGAAAAUUGAACGCUAUCCGUUUUGACCCGGGGAUAUCAUAGUACAAGCAAAAUAGGUAAUAUUGGUCCUUGCCACGCUCCUCGGCAGAGUGGCAGGUCAGGGGGCAAUAUGCAAACUCGACCUUGAGUUCAGUAAUAAGCACAUUCCAUGAGAUGUGCACAAUGCGAAAUCAUCUCGC